CUUACUCCACAGUCCAAUCCCCAAUCCCUAAUCCACCGCUCGCCCUCGCGGAUCUCUCCGGCCGCCAACCACCGCCGCCGCCGCUCGCCGACCGUCCCAAACUCCGCGCCCCUCGCAACCCCCCUCCCUUCUCCCCACGCGCUCCCGUCGGCGCAGGCGGCGCGAUGGGGAAGGGCGACUUCCUGACGCCCAAGGCGAUCGCGAACCGGAUCAAGGCCAAGGGGCUGCAGAAGCUCCGGUGGUACUGCCAGAUGUGCCAGAAGCAGUGCCGCGACGAGAACGGCUUCAAGUGCCACUGCAUGUCGGAGUCGCACCAGCGGCAGAUGGCCAUCUUCGGCCAGGCCCCUGACCGCGUCGUCGAGGGCUUCUCCGACGAGUUCCUCGAGGAGUUCCUCACCCUGCUCCGCCGCGCCCACCGCAGCUCCCGCGUCGCCGCCACCGUCAUCUACAACGAGUUCAUCGCCGACCGCCACCACGUGCACAUGAACUCCACCCGCUGGGCCACGCUCACCGAGUUCGUCAAGUUCCUCGGCCGCGAGGGCCACGCCAAGGUCGAGGACACCCCCAAGGGAUGGUUCAUCACCUACAUCGACAGGGACUCGGAGCAGGCCAUCAAGGCCAGGCUCAAGCGCAAGAGGGUCAAGUCCGACCUAGCUGAGGACGAGCGCCAGGAGCUCAUGAUUGCCCGGCAGAUCGAGCGCGCCCAGAAAGCCCAGGCUAAUGGCGAAGACGACGACAAUGAUGCUAAUUCUGAUGAUGACGUUGGUAGCGAUGACGACAACGAGUAUUCGGGAUCAGACGAGGACGAUGAUCAGGAAGAACACCAGGAGGAUGGGAAAGAGGCCAGCAAGGCACCUGCGAAGAUUGCAAUUGCACUCCAGCGGGCUGCACCGCCGCCUAAGAUUAAUCCUUUUGAUGAUAAGCCAAAGAUGAAGUUUGGCUUCGAGGAGGAAGAGGAGGAGGUGCCCAACAAGAAGGCGAAAGUUGCAGGGAAAGCAACGGACACCAGGAGGUCGGCAAUCGAUGAUCUGAUGAAGGAGGAGGAGAAGGCCAAGGAGCGGAGCAACCGGAAGGACUACUGGCUGUGCCCUGGUAUCGUUGUCAAGGUGAUGAGCAAGUCGCUGGCCGAGAAGGGGUACUACAAGCAGAAGGGAUUAGUGAAGAGGGUGAUAGAUAAGUAUGUCGGGGAGAUUGAGAUGCUGGAGAGCAAGCAUGUUCUCAGGGUCGACCAAGAUGAGCUUGAGACUGUCCUCCCGCAGAUUGGCGGGCUGGUGCGGAUUGUUAACGGGGCUUACCGGGGCUCAAAUGCUAGGUUGCUCUCAGUGGACACGGAGAGAUUCUCUGCCAAACUGCAGGUUGAGAAAGGCCUCUAUGAUGGGAAAGUUCUCAAGGCCAUUGAGUAUGAAGACAUUUGCAAGGUUGCUCAGUGAGAUAGGAUGGAGUCUUAUUUCAAUUCCAGAAGCAAUUCCAGCAGCAUUUGCAAGGUUGCUUAGUGAAAUGGAGUUAUGGACCCAAUGUACUAGCUCUGUCUGUCUUCCUGACAGUGUAUGUGCAACUAUGCUUGUGCUAGAAUGUUGUCUAUCUAAGAAGUUUGAGGUGUCAAUGUUUCUAGUUCAUUCUUGCUGCUGAAAGUACACUGCAAAAAGAUUAUCUGAUAUUUGUUCGUCUUCUGUUUGGUGGCUAGAAAAAUAUGAAUAUUUAGUAACACUUGUUCAA